AUGAGCAGGGCUAGUAAGAUUACAUUAGGUGUCACAUGCUUGCUAACGGCAAUCACCAUCGCAACAGUGCAUAUAGUGCAAGAAGUUGAGAGGGAGACGUUACACCAGGGUCCGAUUAAAGAUGCCAAGAGAGUAGCUGAAAAGAGGUUACAAAAGGAGCAAGAUCAAACGAGAUUGGAUGCAGAGGCCGCAGAGAAAGCACGUAAAAGAGAAUUCAAUAAAAAUGAUCAUGCAUAUCAGCAGGAGCUGAGGAAGAAGUAUGAAGCAAUCCAACCUUUAUCUGGAGAGGUGGUGACAGCUGAAUCUGAUAAAUAG